GUUUGAUUGCGUCACAAGUUGUUGACCAAGCUCUUAACAGUGUUUGCUUUAGUACGAGCGCGAAUCCUUCCGACGAAACCAGUUUUUCCGGCUUUUCUCAAACCGGAUCAACGGACACGCAGGACAAACUAGGCGUCGUGUGUACUUGUUUUCUAGGAAGAGCGAGUCGCCACCCACAGAAACGACGGGAGGAGGGCUCGCUCGCGUCUUUCUAGGGCAGCUACAUAAACACACUGAGCUUCUUACCUCAUCAGAUUACAAACUGCCUGGAAAGGAUCGGCAAAGUACAGCUACGGGUUCAUCAUUUACACAACGCAGCACUGUACAAUAAAGAUGAACUCUGACGUAGACAUGAAGGAUGUGGAGCUCAGUGAGCUGGACACUGAGAAGCAGCCCAUAGCAGCCGAUGGGCAGGCGGGCAGCAGUGAGAAAAAUGGCAGCGUCAAGGUGAAGAUUCCUGAGGAUGAAGUGGCUUUCACAGGCCUGUCCAAAGAAGAACUCAUGAAGGUGGCUGGCACUCCAGGAUGGGUGAGGACUCGCUGGGUGCUGCUGAUCCUCUUCUGGCUGGGCUGGUUGGGCAUGCUGGCCGGAGCCAUCGCCAUCAUCGUCCAGGCACCGCGUUGCAAACCCAUCCCAGAAAUGAGGUGGUGGAACCACGGACCCCUUUACCAGAUCUCCGACGCCGAGGCUUUCUCUGAAGGAUUGGCAGGUAUUGAGAAAAAGCUGGACAACGUCAAUCAGCUGAAGGUGAAAGGUUUGGUUCUCGGCCCUCUUCACACCGUGCAGACCGACCAGCCGAGCACUCUCGACCUGAAACGGAUCGACCCGACUCAGGGAAGUGAGAAAGACCUGAUCACUGUGCUGGAAAAGGCCCACAAGAAAGGUAUUUCUGUGGUGCUUGACUUGACUCCAAACUACCGGGGAGCCUCCCCGUGGUUCAGCAGCAGCGACCUCAACGACGUGAUGGACAGCGUCCAGAUGGCGGCGGAGCACUGGCUCAAUCUGGGCGUCGAUGGCAUCAAGGUCUCCGACCUCGCCACGGUCUCCAACUCUUCUGACUUAUCUCGUUUGCUGGCCGUGGUUAAGGGCAAUGACACCGAGGACGACGCCAACAAAAAGAUGCUAAUGGGCGUGGCCAAAGGCGUCUCACCCGUCGAGAUCUCCCGGCUGCUCAACACCUCCGGUGCUGAUCUGGUGCUGUCGGACCUGCUUAGCGCCAAAGGUCAAGGUGCGGAGCGUAUCAAGAUGCUGAACGACCUGCACUCCGAGCAAAGAAGUCUGGCCUGGGGUCUGGGCGCCGCCCAGCGGGAACAACUAUCCAAACGGGCCGCGUCUCGGGCGCUGAUCCGCCUCUACCAGCUGCUACUCUUCACCAUGCCCGGAACGCCGGUCUUCAGCUACGGUGAUGAGAUUGGCCUUCAGAUACAGGGUGAAAAACCUCCCAAAAUGGUUUGGGACCUCGAGAAAGACACUAAGGCUGAAGGAGCCAACGUCAAUGAGACGACAGAGGCCGAGCGCGAGGAAUACGUCGCCGUGAGGACGUGGUUCAGAUCCCUCAGUGACCUGCGAGGCAAAGAGCGCUCCCUCCUCCACGGCGACUACUACCCUCUCCAGUCCUCCACGUCCUCACUCGCAUUCCUGCGCUUGUGGGACCAGAGCGAAAGAUUUGUCACGGCGGUCAACUGGGGCGAAGCCUCAGAGACGCUCCGGCUCACGCUGGCGUCGACAGGCAAGUUCAGCCACGCUAGACUGUUUUUGAUUUAUUUGCUCCCCCUGUGUUUUUCUCCUUGGCGUGUGUACACUCACCGUCAACAACGGGGCACAAUUGCGUACUACCGUAAUUUCCGUAAUGAAUGUAGUCUCCGGGUUUGCUGGUAUGCUUUAUGAUCAACGUGAGUUGAUAGUUUCAAAACAUACCAAUAAUGUGUAAAUGCUUUUAAAUUCAGGUUAUAAACCCUGCUUUUCACACUUUUUUUUUACUUGCCUUUUUAUUGCCUUUAACUCUUUUGUUUGUAACUGCUUUUACCUGUUGCACUUUUUUAUGAUGUGAAGCACAUGGAGUUCACUUGACUGAAAAAAUAAAUUUAGUAUAACAUACAUAGAUAAUUAACAGAAAUUUCACAGCGUCCCUACAUGAAAUUGCAAGGACAAACAAUUCUUAUUAGGUUAAGAUGACUCUCAAUCUGCACAAUUGCUAACAACAUGGCGUUAUGUCCGCAUAAUAAGAUGUUGCCGAUGCUAGCAAGCUAAUGUGGCUAACUGCUCCACAACCGCAUGGACCAUUGUAACUACAGGAUACCAGCACAGAUUAUGUUAGUUCCCUUUUCGUUAUUAGCACAGCGCUGAGGAGUCAUAAAUGAGUUAAGUAAGAAGGAAUUAUAAGGCAAUUAAGAUGACAUUUAGCUGGUUUGCUGCGACCCGAAACAUAAAGCA